CAAGCUUUCCCUGUAUUCUAUGAGGAAGCCGAGCUUGAGUAUGCGUCGCUGGCACUGCGGCGAUGCCCCAAAGCAAAGUUAACUGGUGGAUCACUGCUAUCCUUACUGAAGAACACUGAAACCAUUGUUCUGCAUCCGGAAGAAAUGGCGGACAUUUUAGCCGGAGUUGUCAUUUGUCUCAUGGCAGUGCAGACCGUCCAGGUUGAUGGGAAUAGAACCAGGACCACAAACAGUCCACAAUUUAAAGUGGAUCCAAAAUCUUUCAGGGGCAACAUAUGUCAACACAAUCUCACAAAACAGCUGUCAGCGGGUCUCCAUCCUAGCGGAGACCCACGGCUGGAUGUGAACCCAAACGAUGCUGCAACAGCCUACACCACAGGGGUCUUAAGCACCUGGAUCCUUCCUUUAUCUUACAUCUUGGCCAUGAUUGUGGGGAUCCCCUCCAAUGCCUACAUUCUGGCCUUUCUGCGAUUGAGACUCCGAACAAAGUCCUUGUCCACAGUUGUGCUUUAUCUGAACCUGGCCUUGUCGGACCUGCUCCUCCUGCUUUCCCUGGCGCUGCGCGUUCACUACCAUUUCAGUGGAAACAACUGGGUGUUUGGGGAGAUCUCCUGCCGGUUGAUGACAGCCUUGUUUUACGGCAACGUCUACUGUUCAGCACAGACUAUAGCGUGCAUCAGUCUGAAGCGCUACCUCGCUGUGGUGAAGCCUUUCUUGUAUAGAAGGCUGGCCAAGACCGCCGCAACAGUGUGGGCAUGCUUGAUCGUGUGGUUCCUAUUUGGGGCUACUAUUGUACCAGAGCUACUGGUCAGGCAAAGCUAUUGGCUCGAUCAGCUGGGGGUCACCACCUGUCAUGAUGUGCUUCCCCUCGAAGAAAAAUCCCAUUCACUGCUAGUGCCAUACAGACUGAUGCUGGUUUGUCUGGGCUUUGUAGUCCCCUUUCUGAUUUCCAUCUAUGCACACGUGUCAGUCGUACAGCACCUUGGACAAUCGGGGUGUAACUGGAGACCUUUCAUCAAGAUCAGCACUCUGGUUUUCAUCAUCUUUGCGGUGUGUUUCUUGCCCAGCGCGAUCCUGCAUAUUGCACACUACGCUCGCCUGUUUUCCAGUGGGGACGACAAACUGUACGGAUACUACAGAUUUGCUGUAUGUCUCUGCUGCUUCCACAGUUGUUUGGAUCCCUUCCUGUGUUUGCUCAUUUCUAAAUCAGCUGCAGCGGAGAUACAAUUCAUCUCCGUCCGCAGGAUCCCAGAAAGGCUGGCUGUUAAGAUAUGCGACUGAAUGCGUGCGCAGAAAAGACAUCGCCUUACAGGACCAUUGUUUGGACACAGCAGGUAAUCACAACCUCGGAAUCAUCGGACAAUGAAACAAAAACAGGGUAGCAGUACAUGUCAAGAGUAAUAGUUAUUUUGUAAACAUAUGCACAACACUGGGACAGGAAUAUGUUGAAAUUCUGUUGAUAUUGUGAGUGCAAUGAACAAUUGAGAAUAUUAUAUUUUUCUACUAUUCAAAAAUAAAUAAAUAAAAAUCAUAUUAAAAAAAUCUCAAGUUCAUGGUUGUAGAUAUCUUGAUGGAAACACUAAAUUGCUCAUUAAUUUUCUCAUCCAUGCCAGAAACAUUAUACACACAAUGUAAUUGUGUGUAUAAUUGGAAUACAUAAAUUCAUCAGUUUCAGAAAGCCGAAAGCCCUCUGAUAUAAACACAA